AGCCAGUUUUCACAAAAAAGAAAAGAAAAUCAAACCGGAUCGCUGGAUCGAGCCGGUUCUUAGAAAUGGAAACUUCUCAAAAGUUCGUCGCUUGGUAAGAAAUUGGGCAGUCUUCCGAUUCGCAAAAUGCCAGUGCUGAUCGGUGUCCAGUCGCAGACGGACGGUCUCUGCGGGAUUUGUUCUUUCAUCAGAACAAGCUAGCAUCACACGGUCUCUUCCCAGUCUUGACGCACCAUCUGUGCUGUAUUUGUUUUGGUUAUUUAAAAUUCUAAUUUUACUACUGGAAACCCUGUUCGCCGCUGCUGACGCCAAGAUGAGAUCUUUAACACUAACUGUUAUAUUCUGCGCUAUCAUAACCAUCUCCAGUGAACAUCUGCAGCAGUUGACGACGUACUAUUUUCCCAACUACUAUUGCAGCCCGUCGAUCUGCCCCAACGGAGGUCCUCACGUGGCUUGCAAUGCUCCUAAUCCGUUCGGUGCUAGCUGCUAUGGAAAAAAUCCCCAACUGAUUCCGAUGACCGAUGUAAUGCGAGCUCAGAUACUCGAUCAGCACAACCGGAUGCGGUCCCUGCUGGCCAGCGGACAACUACCCGGUUACUCUCCAGCUGUGAAAAUGCCGACUCUUCAGUGGGAUCUUGAGCUGCAGUAUCUGGCCGAAGCAAACGCACGAUCUUGCGAGUACGGCCAUGACAAGUGUCGUAACACCAACUGGAGCAAGUAUGUCGGUCAAAAUAUAGGCGUUUUGCGGUACUUUGGAUUCAAAGUUACAAAACCACAAUCGGUCAAGUACUUUAUAGACGCUUGGUUCAACGAGUAUGUUUACGCUCACGCUUACGUAGACAGAUAUCCACAACACUACUACGGCCCUCAGAUUGGUCACUUUACGCAAAUCAUCAGCGAUCGAACAGUUAAGAUUGGAUGUGGAAUGGUUACUUAUCAGACGUACAAUGGAGAAUUGUGGACACAUGAUUACUUUGUAUGCAAUUAUUCCUUCACGAAUAUUAUCAAUCAACCGUCGUAUAUAAAAGGACAUGCUGGAUCGCAAUGUUCCACCGGAGUAAGUUCAGCCUAUCCAGGGCUGUGCAACUGAAUGAGUUGGUAUCAUGAAAAACAAAUAAAUCUCAAAAUCAUGACAUUAUGAACCGCUUUAAA